GUAUAAAUCUUCUUCGAAUUAUAAACGAACCCACAGCGGCGGCUUUGGCGUACGGUCUCGACAAAAACUUGACAGGAGAAAAAAUCGUGUUAAUCUUCGACUUAGGUGGCGGCACUUUCGAUGUGUCCAUCCUAGCCAUUUCUGAAGGGUCCCUUUUCGAAGUAAAAUCAACAGCUGGCGAUACGCAUUUGGGAGGAGAAGAUUUCGACAACCGUUUGGUUAACCAUUUCGCGGAGGAAUUCAAGAGAAAAUUCAGAAAGGAUCUAACGAAAAAUCCAAGGGCGUUGAGAAGGCUGAGGACUGCUGCCGAGAG